AUGAUUCAAAUACUGGUCUUAUUACAUAUCUGCUUUAUAACACAUUUUAUUCAACCAACUGUGAACGAUAGGGUAUGCCUGUGUGAUAUCAGGCCGUUGGUUUGUGACAAGUUCUGUCAGUGUGACACAUAUUGUUUUAGUGAUGAAAAUAACUCGUUUUCCGUCUACCUGUCUUCAGAGAGUGAUUUUUAUGGUUCGAGUUGGUGCAUUCCAAAGGGACUUCAUUUCUUAUCAAAUGCAGCAUUCUUUAGGAGUCAGGACGGUGAAUCUAUAUGUUUUUCCGACAUAAACUAUUUUAGAGGAAACUAUCUACAGUUAAGUCGUAGUGCUAGACAGUUUUGGACGAAUUCCAUUCCAAUUUUCAACUUAAAUUCGUUAAACGGUUGUGCAGAGAACGAUAUGUGCCUGAUCUAUAGAAAUAAGAUGCUCGGACGUUUCACAUUACCCAGUGGUUCAGGAUGUCACGUAGAUUUUUCACCAAAAUUCCUAAACAACAUAACAACCAAGUGCACUCGCACGUUGAGUUUUAACGAUAGUGGUUCAAGUUGUACACAACUUCCGAAUAUUUUAACGUACACGGAUGGAAUAAUGUUUUUACGACUACCGAUAUCAAAACUUUUUCAAAACAAGAGUAUUCCUUUGGAAGCAAUUAUGGCCAGUAAUAAUACGAUUGCAAUUCGUUUAUUUAUAUGUAAGAACUUAAACAGUGACGUAGUACCCUGUCCAACAUCUCCAUCUUCACUCGAUUCAACCAACCAAACAUGUAUGUAUGCAAUCAUGGGAGUGAAGUUUAGUAUGAUUUAUAAUAAAAAAGGUAUAACAAGCAUUUCAGUUGAAUUUAUCAUUGCAAAUGUCACAACUAAAAAAUUUGAUCAGUUUCACACAGUACAAUUUAUUGAAGAAAACAGUUUAUCGAACACAAGUACAUUAAUAGCUACUGAUUAUCUAAGCGGAAAUAUAGGUUACUUAAAAAAUUAUCCAGUUCGAGCUGGUUAUAUAGAAAAUCUUAAUACUACUAAUCCAUAUAUAGUAAUGGUAUCAUACCCAUUAAAUCCAACAAUAUAUCCAAAUGAAUAUGGUCGAAUUAAUUUUGGUUGGUGGCCUAUACCGAAUAUUGGUGAUUGUACAAAUUUUACUGGUAAAAGUAAAACAAUAUUAUUUGGACAAAACACUUUUAGUUCCUGUGUGCUAAGACUAAAGCCAUUGAGUGAAAAUAAUUAUACAAAUUGUAAUGAACUGGAACAAGUCAUUAGUAUGUCAUUAAAUUGUACAAAAUCACCUAUUACUCAUGUCGGUAUUUGGGGCAACGCAGACAAUAAACACAUAACAGAUUGGAUUAAAGUGGAUGUAUUCAAUGAAAAAAAGAACACUGUUUUUUCUAAUGGAACAAAAUCUUGGUCAUGUCAAAAUAUCAUUAUAGGUCAAACAAUUAACGUUUAUUAUGCCAGAAAAGGUAGUGUAUACGAUCCACAAAAUCGUAUUAUUUCAGUGAACAAAAUUUAUAAACGUGGAACUAUUGGAUAUAAAUGUCAAGGUUAUGCAUGUAUAGACAACAGUCAAUUAAAUCCUGAACAGAAAUUCCUUAUUACUACAAAUGUCCUGUUUCAUGAUUUAACCUUAUGA